AAAAUCCUGCCACCGGGAUGAUAUUGAUCACAUAGCAGAGCCGAGUGAAAAUUUGGGUUGGUAUUUUGUUUUUGUGUGUGCAAAGCAGGCAGACCUUCUAGAAGCAAUGAGGCUCGCAUUUUGUGGUAAUGACAAUGCUUCAGCCUAUAACAUCAGUGCUGGUGUCCUAAGAAAUGUCUGCUUUGUGGACGCCCUCAACUUGGUUCCCCAUGUCUUUUUGCUAUUUAUCACCUUUCCAAUUUUGUUCAUUGGCUGGGGAAGCCAAAGCUCCAAAGUUCAGAUUCACCACAACACAUGGCUGCACUUCCCUGGACACAAUCUGCGGUGGAUUCUGACAUUCACUCUCCUCUUUGUACAUGUGUGUGAAAUAGCGGAGGGCAUAGUUUCAGAUACACAAAUGAAAUCCCGACAUCUGCAUCUCUUUCUACCAGCUAUAAUGGGGUUUGUGGCUGCAACAGUAUCCAUAGUCUAUUAUCAUAAUAUUGAAACAUCUAACUUUCCAAAGUUACUGUUGGCUCUCUUUCUUUACUGGAUAAUGGCUUUUAUCACUAAAACAAUCAAGCUUGUCAGAUACUGCCAGGAUGGUGUGCCUUUUUCUCAGCUGCGGUUCUGCAUCACUGGAAUUAUGGUCAUUCUCUAUGGGCUGCUGAUGGCUGUGGAGAUCAAUGUCAUUCGAGUUAGGAGAUAUGUAUUUUUCAUGAAUCCUCAGAAGGUAAAGCCACCAGAGGAUCUGCAGGACUUGGGUGUGAGGUUUCUUCAGCCAUUUGUCAAUCUGCUCUCAAAAGCAACUUACUGGUGGAUGAAUACACUUAUUAUAUCUGCUCACAAGAAACCUGUAGAUCUGAAGGCAAUCGGGAAGCUUCCAAUUGCAAUGAGAGCACUAACAAAUUAUGUUUGUCUCAAAGAAGCAUACGAGGAACAAAAGAAAAAGGUAGCAGAUCAGCCCAAUCGGAGUCCCUCAAUAUGGUUAGCGAUGUACAGUGCCUUUGGACGACCGAUUCUUCUCAGUAGCACGUUCCGUUACUUGGCUGACUUGCUGGGCUUUGCUGGACCAUUAUGCAUUUCUGGCAUUGUCCAGGGCUUCCAGGAUACAACCAACAAUACAAAUGCAACAGAAAAGCUGAAGGGACCAUCAAAUUCAUACCUUUCCUCAGAGGAAUUCCUCAGGAAUGUUUAUGUUUUGGCAGUUCUUCUCUUCUUGGCCCUUAUCUUACAGAGGACAUUCCUACAGGCUUCCUACUAUGUGACUACAGAAACUGGCAUCAACUUGCGAGGUGCUUUAUUGGCAAUGAUAUAUAAUAAGAUCCUGAGGCUUUCUACAUCAAACUUGUCCAUGGGAGAGAUGACACUGGGACAAAUCAAUAACUUGGUUGCCAUAGAAACCAAUCAAUUAAUGUGGUUCUUGUUCCUGUGCCCCAAUCUAUGGGCUAUGCCUGUUCAGAUCAUAAUGGGUGUGAUCCUACUCUAUAAUUUACUUGGAGAGAGUGCCUUGGUUGGUGCCGCUGUCAUCGUUCUGUUAGCUCCAAUACAGUACUUCAUAGCUACGAAGCUGGCUGAGGCUCAGAAGAGCACUCUGGACUAUUCUACUGAGAGAUUAAAGAAGACUAAUGAGAUAUUAAAGGGCAUUAAGUUAUUAAAGCUCUAUGCUUGGGAGCACAUAUUUUGUACUAGUGUGGAGGAAACAAGAAUGAAGGAACUCACUAGUCUAAAAACCUUUGCACUUCAUACAUCUCUUUCCAUUUUUAUGAAUGCAGCCAUACCAAUAGCAGCUGUUCUUGCUACCUUCGUGACUUACGCUUAUAUCAAUGACAAGCCUUUGCAGCCUGCCCAGGCCUUUGCAUCACUGUCGUUGUUCCAUAUUCUGGUCACACCAUUGUUUCUACUCUCCACUGUGGUUCGUUUUGCAGUCAAGGCUAUUGUAAGUGUACAGAAGCUGAAUGAGUUUCUCCUCAGUGAUGAGAUUGGAGAUGACAGCUGGAGAGGUGGGGACAGCUCUGUAGCUUACGAAUCCUGUAAGAAGCACACAGGACUUCACACCAAGGCCAUCAACAGGAGACAGCCCUUGAGAUACCAGCUUGAAAGUUACGAACAGCCAUCAAGGAGGCAAACGCGUCCUGUGGAUAUAGACGAUAUCGCAAUCAAGGUGACCAAUGGAUACUUUUCCUGGGGCAGUGGUUUAGCUACAUUGUCCAAUAUAAACAUCAGAAUCCCAACAGGUCAGAUGACAAUGAUUGUGGGUCAAGUUGGCUGUGGCAAGUCUUCACUUCUCCUUGCUAUAUUGGGAGAGAUGCAGACGCUGGAGGGAAAAGUUCACUGGAGCAAUGUAAAUGAAACUGAACCUUCUUUUGAAGCAUCCAGAAGAAACAGAUACUCAGUGGCUUAUGCAGCUCAGAAGCCAUGGCUAUUGAACGCAACAGUGGAGGAAAACAUUAUCUUUGGGAGCCCAUUUAACAAACAGAGGUACAAAGCUGUUACAGAUGCGUGCUCUCUGCAGCCUGAUAUUGACUUACUACCAUUUGGUGAUCAGACAGAAAUUGGAGAAAGGGGGAUUAAUUUAAGUGGCGGCCAACGACAGAGGAUCUGCGUAGCACGAGCACUCUAUCAGAACACCAAUAUUGUCUUCCUGGAUGACCCGUUCUCUGCACUGGACAUUCACUUAAGUGAUCACUUAAUGCAGGAAGGGAUUUUGAAGUUUCUCCAAGAAGACAAAAGGACUCUUGUUCUUGUGACACAUAAGUUACAAUAUCUACCACAUGCUGACUGGAUCAUUGCAAUGAAGGAUGGAAUGGUGCUUAGGGAAGGGACACUAAAGGAUAUACAAACCAAAGAUACUGAGCUUUACGAACACUGGAAAACUCUGAUGAAUCGCCCGGAUCAAGAAUUGGAAAAGGAAAUGGAAGCUGAUCAGACUACUCUGGAGAGAAAAACGCUUAGGAGAGCAAUGUACCCCAGAGAAUCCAAAGCACAACUGGAAGAUGAAGAUGAAGAGGAAGAAGAGGAAGAAGAUGAAGAUGACAAUAUGUCAACUGUCUUAAGACUCAGGACAAAGAUGCCAUGGAAAACCUGCUGGAGAUAUCUAACAUCUGGAGGAUUUUUCUUGCUCUUUCUGAUGAUUUUCUCAAAGUUGUUAAAACACUCAGUUAUAGUAGCCAUAGAUUAUUGGCUGGCUACAUGGACAUCCAUGGACAAUGCAAAUGAACCCAAGAACAUUGACGACGUUAAGAGCACAAAGAAGACCUAUCAUGUAGCUGUGUUCAGCAUCCUUUCCGGAGCAGGGAUUGUCCUUUGCCUCAUCACAUCUCUGACUGUGGAGUGGAUGGGCCUCACAGCAGCCAAAAACCUACACCAUAAUCUACUCAACAAGAUCAUCCUCGGGCCAAUCAGGUUCUUCGAUACAACUCCAUUGGGGCUAAUUCUAAAUCGCUUCUCUGCUGAUACAAAUAUCAUUGAUCAGCACAUUCCUCCUACCCUAGAGUCACUUACCCGGUCCACCUUACUCUGCCUGUCGGCCAUUGGAAUGAUCUCAUAUGCCACUCCAUGGUUCCUUGUUGCCCUCGUGCCUCUCGGGAUUGCUUUUUAUUUUAUCCAGAAAUACUUCAGAGUUGCUUCCAAAGACCUCCAGGAACUUGAUGAUAGCACCCAGCUACCUUUACUCUGUCACUUCUCGGAAACAGCAGAGGGACUUACUACCAUUAGAGCAUUCAGGCAUGAAGCCAGAUUUAAACAACGUAUGCUGGAACUAACCGACACGAACAACAUUGCCUACUUAUUUCUGUCAGCUGCCAACAGAUGGCUGGAGGUCAGGACGGAUUACCUUGGUGCUUGUAUAGUUCUUACUGCAGCUGUCACUUCCAUCACCGAAGGUCCUAACUCUGGGUUUGUGGGGCUAGGUCUCCUGUAUGCUCUGACGAUAACCAACUAUUUGAACUGGGUGGUGAGAAAUCUGGCUGAUUUGGAGGUGCAGAUGGGUGCAGUAAAAAAAGUACACAGCUUCCUGAACAUGGAGUCGGAGAACUAUGAAGGCUACUUGGACCCUUCCCAAGUCCCAAAAGAUUGGCCCCAAGAGGGAGAAAUCAAGAUUGAAAAUUUGUGUGUUCGGUAUGAAAACAACCUGAAGCCUGUUCUUAAGCACGUGAAGGCUUACAUCAAACCAGGACAGAAGGUUGGGAUCUGUGGUCGUACUGGCAGUGGUAAAUCCUCCCUGUCUUUGGCAUUCUUCAGAAUGGUGGACAUAUUUGAAGGGAGGAUAGUGAUCGAUGGAAUAGAUAUCAGCAAAUUGCCUCUUCAUACUCUCCGUUCCCGACUCUCCAUUAUUCUCCAGGAUCCGAUAUUGUUCAGCGGUUCCAUCCGCUUUAAUUUGGAUCCAGAAUGCAAGUGCACUGAUGAUAGACUUUGGGAAGCACUGGAGAUUGCUCAGCUGAAGAACAUGGUCAAGUCAUUGCCAGGAGGUCUUGAUGCAGUGGUAACAGAGGGGGGAGAGAACUUCAGCGUAGGGCAAAGGCAGCUCUUCUGCCUGGCCCGAGCCUUCGUUCGUAAGAGUAGCAUUCUCAUCAUGGAUGAAGCCACAGCAUCUAUUGACAUGGCCACAGAAAACAUUUUGCAGAAGGUUGUGAUGACUGCCUUUGCAGACCGCACAGUUGUAACAAUAGCUCAUCGGGUUCACACUAUUCUAACUGCAGACCUGGUUAUCGUCAUGAAGCGAGGAAACAUUUUAGAAUAUGAUACGCCUGAGAACCUACUUUCUCAAGAAGAUGGCAUCUUUGCUUCAUUUGUCCGGGCUGACAUGUGAAGAAUCACUAAGUCCUGUGAUGCAUUUUAAUAGCUUAUUUUUAAACAAAUGAAAUGAGAUUAUUUUCUAUUCAAUGUUACAUCAUUUUAAUCUUUUUCCAGAGCUUUUUCUUUCUUCACACUUCCAUCUUUCCAAAAUAAUAAAACCUAUUGUAAUACAUGUAUGCUCCAAAGUGAUAAAAAUGUCAUUUCAUUCAAAAGCCAUUAAACACACACACACACACACACACACAGACACACACACACACACACACACACACACACACACACACUGGCAGAAGUUUUUAUUUCCUGGGAAUUUGACAUUUUCCUUAGACAUUUUAGUGACUUUUUUCCCCUUAUAGAGAGCAAAAGAAUGCACUGCUUUUACAAGCUAUGUAUGUUAUGCUGGAACCAACAAUCAAAUCGUGCAGUUUGUCAAGGAAGCUAGAGAUCACCAGAAGUAUUCUGUCCCCAAGGGGAAAAAACUAAAAGGAAAAAACCCAAACCCAUAACACUUGGGGCAAUCUGCUGCAUUCCAAAGGCAUAAACUUUGCUCUUCAAGUUAUAACACAGGACCAGCCACUGAGGGAAAGGAAUGCCAUCAGAAGUAAGGAAAUUCUUCCUGUCCUUCACUUCAGUUUGCACGCUAUAGUUGGAACAAUACUAUUUUGUAGUGCAAUUAUGUUUCAUCCACCCAGCCAAUUCCUAAAUCCAUAUUUGUUCUGUGGAUUUUUUUGAGUCAAAGAUCCAAAUCAUCCUAUAAUUAUGCAUGCUUCAAUAGGUUUACGGAAAGAUACACUUUGUACAGUAUUUUAAGACUUUGUAUUAAAGCUAAUAUGAAUUUAUAAA